AUGUCACGCCGUCAAAGAGGAAGCAACAGGCGAUCCGGUCGAUCGAGGGAGGAGUGUCCGCGUUUACCCGAAACGUGCUCGCACGAUUUACCGUAUCGCAGAAAGAGCAAUUACCGUGCACACCCCGCCGACAUCGAAUACCGUAAAUUGCGUCGACCUUUUCAGUUUGCUUGCUGCGGCAUAAACGGAAGCAGCAAUUACGGUACCUCCUGGUGGCGGCUGCAGGAAGUGGGCCGAAGAGAAUUAGUGGUGCCUCUCAGUUGCUGCACCCUGAACAACGCCAACGAGACCGACUCCUUCCUCAACCCCGAACCUGCCAAUCUUACUCUCUGUCAGGCUUUGAACCCGGCCGAACACCAAUACGCUCGGCACACCGCGGGUUGCCUGGAGAUGUUGGAGAAAUGGACGCAGGACCAAGCGUUGAUACUGCUGACGGUCGGAUUGGCAGUGAUUUUCGUCGAAGUAGGCGCAUUGCUGACCACGUUUCUCGCCUGCUCGAGGGGUCACAAGCGAGCCAAGUCCCGAGCAUCGACGUUCACGUCCACGCAAACCUUGAGCCCUUUCAGCGAAAGCGAUCACGAUUUCGAGGGCAGCGAGGGUAAAUCGCCGAUCGAGGUCAAGAACAGAGACAAGAAGACCGUGGGCAAUCUUCCUAGGCUGAACGACGUGUCGAGAUUCAACCGGAGCAUCAUCGAGGAGUGGAAGAACCCGUCGAAGCCCUCCGACGAUGUCUUACGAAACGACCAGCUGUACGAAGAGCGAGCGAUCGACGUGCCGAACCAUCCGUUCCAGCGGAACUACUCGAAGAAGAGCAACGACAACGCGAAAACCAGCGACGAGAAGAGGAGCCUAAGCAGAACGAAGGUAUCUCAGAACAACGGGACCGUCAGGAGCAUUCCGAUCAAACACUAUCAGGCGUCGAUAGCGCAGAACAUGGGAACGUUGAGAAGGUCCUUGGCGCCGCAGCUGCAAUUCGAGUCCUCGAUCUCCGAGCCCGAGAAGAACUGCUACAAAACGGUCUCCGCGAACGACGUAUCCUGUUCCCAGAACGAACAAGCCCCGCGUCCGAUUCGUUUCUUGAAGCACUCGGACGCUGCCAACGCGACGAGAAGGUCCUGCCACUCCUGCGACUAUCAGCGCGAGGCUCGAUCCGAAGCCAACCGGAUCAACUCUAAAUUGAAGACGCUGGAUCGCCGGAUAGUCCGAAGCGAGCACAACAUCUCCCAUCGAUUGGACGACGACGUCAGCGACUUCGAUGAAUACUUCCACAAGGUUGGCUCUAGGUCGAUGACGAUGGGUCGUUUGAAAUCGGGGAAGACGCAGGAAAAUGGAGGGGCCAACUGCCAUUCCAAGGACGAGGAGAACCGGCUGAAUAGGAAGUGGGGAACGAUCGACCUUGAACGAGGACACGUCGGUCAGAAGAUAUCGGCGUACGAGGAGAACGCGAGGUGCAGCGGCCGCAAUUGGGAGUACAGCGACAGGUACCAGGUGCUUCCGGAGAUUAAGAAGCAUAGAACGAUAGGCGUGCCAUUGGUAGGGAUGCACAAUGCGUGCGGAUUGCCAGUGGUAGCUUCCUGGCCUGAUCACGAGCUGCUGGAGCCCUUGAGGGUCCGAAGCAGAGUUAUAGGGACGCUGAGACCGAUCUUCAAGACACCCAGGACCACCGACGGUCGUCAUCGAACGCAUCCGAAGAGGAAAGCGCCACAGCCGAACCAGACCAUGUCCAGGAAGAAGCACGACGCGGAGAAGUUGAAGAAUCUUGACAAGCAAGUGGAGUGUCCGUCGAUAAAGUCGCUGAUGUCUUUGGAUACCGAAGGCGAGGCUAAAAAGAGGAGGAGGAGACGUCCGUCGUUCAAGGCGAAGAAGGUCGGGACGUUCUCGUCGUCGAAGAACUCCAUGAGGCACACCUGUAAAUCGCAUAUCAAGAGGAACAAGGAGAACUCGAUGGCUGAUAACGCUCGCAGGAAAUCACCGGAUGCCGAGAACGCUAAGAGACAGACUUUGUAUGCGAGGGACGAUGGCGAGGACUCUGUGCAAGUCCUGAAGAAUCUAUGUUUGAAUCCUCUGGCACGGACCAAGUCGGAAACCGAUAUGAUUUGGUGAUUAUUGGUCUCUGCUUUCUUCGAUGAUACCGGGUGUCCCCGCUAAGAUCGUACACCCAGGUAUUUUCUGCGCUUUUAGCAAAUUAUUCGGUGGCUAUUCGUACAGUUUAUAUUAAAUAAUAUAUUAAAUAUAUAUAUAAUAUAUUAUAAU